AUGCACUCAAACGCCUAUCUCGCGGCUGCCAUGCUGUUGGCUUCAACUGCCGUCUACGCCGCCCCCACGCAGCAGCCCCCUGCUUUCGACUCCAGAUCCGACUUCAACGUCCUCGUCGGCGGCAACGUCUCUCUCCGCCUCAUGCCUCUCGGCGCCUCAAUCACCUACGGCCUGAAGUCGUCCGAUGGAAACGGCUACCGCGAGAAGCUGCGCAACGCUCUCAUCGCCGACGGCAACCCCGUCGACAUGGUCGGCAACCACCCCAACGGCACCAUGGAGGACAACGACAACGAGGGAUGGUCUGGCUUCCGUAUCGAAGAGGUCCUGGCCAAGGCCAAGAUUUCCAUCCCCCAGUACCUGCCCAACCUCGUCCUCAUCAACGCCGGCACCAACGAUUGCGCCCAAAACUACGAUACCGCCAACGCCGGCGCCCGUACCCUUGAGCUGCUCGAGUACAUCUGGAAGACAUCCACCCGCGCCUCCAUCGUCCUCUCGACUCUCCUCCCCAACGGCAACAACAACACCGAGGCCUGCGUACUCAAGGUUAACGAGCAGUACAAGAAGCUCGUCGAGGAGCAGCAGGCCAAGUCCAAGAAGGUCGUCCUCGUCGACAUGCACUCCGACCGUGGCCCGUUGAAGAGCGACCUCGUUGACGGCACCCACCCCACCGAUGAAGGCUACGGCAAGAUGGCCACUCUCUGGUUUGAAGGCAUCAAGGAUGCUGCCACCCGCGGCUGGCUCGAGUCUCCCGUGGCUCUGCCGGGAAGCAGCAGCUCGGAUUGA